CGUUUUAUAACUCAAAUGAAAGAAAAAAAAUUGAAUAUCCCAGAUCCUGGUGAGCGCUUUAGUUAUGUAGUAGUAAAAGGUGAGUGUUAUCGUGAUGAAAAAAGUCGAUUAAUACCAUAUAGAGUUGGUGAUUAUAUGGAAUAUCCAGA